UGACUAGACUACCUCAGUACCUGUGCAGCGAGGGCAGUGUUGCGAGCAACAAGGCACGUCAGAGGAGAUCAGCUGCUGAGAAUUUUUCUGUUCGCGAUUAGUCAAGCGAGCAACGCCGAGACGACUGCCUGGAUGACUUGGUGCUCCGUGCUAGGUAGAGCAUACGUCCGCUGCUUUGCUUUCCGUGGUGGCGCUUCUGGUGGACCUGUCUGAUUUCAAUAUCCUGCUAGCACUAGCAGUGCAGCGGUUUUUGUGUGAGCGACAUAAGGUAACCGUGACCGAUGCUACUUGCCAUCACACAUGUACGUGUGCUGAACCUCUGUAUGGUGAUUACGGUGGAGGCUUGAUGCGGACAUAGACACUAAUGGGCCAAUCUGCGCAAACCGUAAAACACUUCUGAGUAGCCUCCGUCCAGCAGUAUCGUUUGACUUUAGCUGAGAGCAGCGAACGGAACUCCCUGCUCAUCGGAGUAGACUGAUAUCCUCUUUGUUCGCCUUCGACCCUAAGCUGUAAGUCUAUCUGCUCCAGCAUCGAAUGAAGUUCAUUGUUAUCCUUCUACCGGACCAGCAUGCUACCAAACUGUUCUCCUUUCUGCUUUAGCGCAGUUAGGCAAACCUAAAGACAUUCCCAUGAAUUCCUCAGUACGUCGUUGCAAAGGCUUUGGCUGCGGCAUCUAGAAGUAGCGCUCCCACUUCAAAACUACAAAAGUGAAGUGUCUGUGGAGAAGCCUUUGUGUGGUCUCCGCAUUUAUCAGUGCAGUGUUCCUCGUCUCUGAAAAGACGCAAGGCAAGGGCUCGUCACUGAUUUCGGUGUCACGGUGCGCUCGACAAGAGACCAUCGUAGAACACUACAGGGUGCAGUCUACAGUUGAAGAGCGCUUACAUUUUUCGGGAUACCGCAGAAAGGACUUUCCAACGUCGUCAAGAAUGUCAUCGAUUCUGCUAAAUCUUCGCCAGCGGUUCGCGAACCGAAACCGAGCCAGUCAAGACUCGGAUCAGAUUGAACUCAGUCCACGACCGUGUACAGAUUCAGUCUCCGUCCACACUAGUAACAGUGCAGGAAGCAGUGUUACGGUGCGAGCCGUUACCUCCCCGCAGAAAAUCCCAACCGACGAUGACCGACAGAACGAGCGAAAUCGUCCGGAAACCAGUCCAGCCAGGACAUCAUGUGUCCACGUUCACCCUAGUUCUUUGUCAUUGUCGAACACUGAGUCUGCACUUGUGCACCAGGAGAAAGGAGAUGGCCAUGAGCAGGAGGACAUGAGUGAGGCAGCCGUGACACCUUCAGACGUUGUUUCACCCGGUAUGCCAGCUUUCGGUAGUGCGUGUAGCAGCUCAGACUUGGAGAACUCGGCUCGAUUCGAAGAGCGCUAUCAGCCGCAGCAGCUUCAGCAGCACACGCCCACGCUACGAACGCGCGUGAUGCAGAAGCGACUGACACGAAAUUCGCAGUACUCACCCAUGUCUUCCGGAUUUGGUGCGAUCGAUGGCUCAGACUCUCCUGGCGAAUCAUUGGACGAGCAUGACGACCACGAAGCAGGAGAACCCCCAUCAACGUUCAGUUUACGUGAUGUGGUUGGUAAUUCCAGUGUGGCUGCGUUCUGCGGCAAACUGAUAGAACUUCCAAAAAAGAAACUGAGAAGGAGGGAUACUGGGCCCAGUGCGUGCGUCCAACAAGGUGUUGCAUGCGAACAUGGCCACUCCUGCCCCUUUGCAUUCGAUAUUGAUGGCGUCUCAACAGAAUUCAUUGACCGCCGGCGCCGUGCAAUAUACCAAAAGAUCGGAAUGAGAGCUGAGGAUCAGUUGCAAGUGUUCGCGACGCAGGGCGCUGCCUUCUUUUCGGACUUUGACGUGGUGUGCGAUGCCUGCUUGCAGGUGAAGCAGUGUGUGGAGGUGCCCGGUGUCAAUCGCAAUGAGAAGCUGUUGAUCUGCAGUGAGUGCAUGGUACCGCUGCUUAGUGGAGCUUGGUACCAUGGAAUGGAUCCACUGGAGACCGUCAACGUUUGCACGGGCCUGAUCGAGAAAGCCGGAACUCCGUCACCAGGGAAUUCAUCGCUAGCCUCGCCUCAAGUAAACAUGGACGACUCUCAGUUUGAACCCGAACAGCCAAUGAAGCUACUUCAGCUGGCAGAAACCGCUCCUCCCGUUGACGAGCCGAUUGAUUCGGAAACGGAGUUUGAGCAGGCCUGCGACGCGAUAGCUGCAAAGCGACGCGAGUCGAUGAGCGAGCGUCACGGUGCGUGCAGUCCCUCCCUGCCCGGCGAGUGUGGCGAUGCUGCAGAGGAUACACGCUCGCCCACCGAAUCCCUGACCGCAUCUCAGAUGGAGGAGCGCAAGGAUGCUGUCUCGGCCUUGGAUAUACCGUUUCCUUCUCGACGAAGACCAUCUGGUGCUACUGACGCCCUACAGCUUCAGUUGAAGGGAUCACCUGGUUCUCCACAAGCGUCUUCAUCACCCGCAACCCUGGAUUCGUUUAGUGAGAGUGAAUGUAGUGAUAACGUUUCGUUCGGCACGUUUGGUGGCCUAAGCGAUUGCUCCGCUGCGGAUCUUGCACCCGGACUCGAACCAAACCAGAUUGCCGGUCAAGAGCCAGUCGGUGAAAUUGAGCUCGGUCUGCAGAUGGGUGUGGAGGCAAGCAAGCAGCGAUCUAGCUUUGUCCUGGACAUCCUCCGGGGUCACAACUUCAAGCUGUGGCAGAAUCUGGAUGAGAAGCCUGGUUUCGAAAUCUAUAUCAAGUGCUAUCUGAUCUUUCCUGGCCGAGUGAUCAAGAUGAAGACCCGCCAGGUAGCGCCAGGCCACCAGCCUGAGUUCCUCGACCAGCUCAUCUCCAUCAUGAACAAGAAACUGCUGCAGAAGGCUGAGCGCUUGAAGAUUCAGCUGUGGGAGGACCACGGCAGUCUGAAAAAGAAGCUGGCGGUCGGUGUGGCCACGAUUGAUUUGACCAAGAUCCGCAUGGAGGAGCUAGUGAUGGGUUGUUACCCUCUCUACGUCCCUCACCGUCAGGCAUCCAUGCCUACAACACCCACCUCGCCUUCAGUCAGUGUUUCGCCUGGAAGUACACCACCUUCCCUGACCCGCUCCAGCAGUGGGCGCUUUGGAUCACUGCGCAAUUCAUUCAAGCGCCGCGAGAAGCUGCGACUCCGGCAUUCGACCAGCGGCACUGCCCCAUCGUCUCCCUUGGUGUCUGCGAACGUCGAGUCGUCACCGCCAGCUGCAGUGCUCUCAAGCUCAGCUCCAACGUCCGCUCCAUCGGCACUGUCUUCCACACCCACCCGCGGCCAUCGGAGUAGGCGGGAGAGCGAAACCGGCGAAACCGAUUUGUAAGAGCCACCACCCGAGUGGAGUAGUGGUGGUGGAAUACAUUAUUGCACUUUUUUCUCUCCUUGUUGUUGACACCGAAGACACUUUAAUUAUUUACGAGGUUAUAUGAUCCACGUGUGUGUGUGAAGCUAGUGCACCGUGCACGGUAUAUUUUUUAUCUCAGCCCCACUCCUAUUCUAUUAUGCAGCGUUUGCAUCUUGACUAUUUGAUCCAAAAAUCAAUGAAAAAAGCCGCCCACGAUUUUCUGUGUAUGUGCGACCAGAAAAACCUUCAUAUUCCACAUACCGCAUCUGUACUUUUUGGCCAGAAAGCCAGCAUGUCCACAUCCUAACGUUAUUCUAACCCUUUCUACCCGGGCCGUAUCCUGUGUAUGCAAUUGCUAAUCGUGCAUUUUUGUUUGUUGUUCGUGAAAAACCCAAACUGCAUUCGCAAAGAA